UUCCUAUGAAGGCCAUCUUUAUGAUAUCCCUAAGCAAUGUAUGAAGUUUGCAACAUUAAACACCCAUAGAUAACUGAAUAAUACUACAAGUACAAAAUGACUCUAAUACCAUAUACAACAACAACAAAGCCUUGUUUUACUAGGUGGGGUUGGCUACAUGAAUCAAACGACGCUAUUGAGCUCUAGCUUCUAAUACCAUAUCAUAAAACAAUUUUUCCUUCAAAAGCUUAUGUGGCUGGGUAAAGGAACAUGAAUGAUUCUACCUAUAUCCUUAACAUUUUGCUACUUCUAUAUUUUUAUCUUUGAUUACUAUUAAAUAAAUUGAGCUCACUGGCUUUUUCUACCUUCUGAUUUUUCCCUGUUACCAGCUAUACACGAGUAUCUAGGCUUCACUUAUGCUUGGUAGAUGGGUUAUUUGUGAUGAAUUGUGUAUAGAAAUGGUAAUUUGACAUAAUUUGGUAAUCUUUAUCAUCCUGAGUUGGCAUUAGUUCAUACCUGGGAAAAAACAUAUGAUUUACAGGCUGAAAUUUGGGGAAAAAACAUGUAACGGUCAUGCAUCUGUUUGACAAUUGCAAGUGCAGAGAAUGGGACCAAAUGCAACUGAGUCAUCUUUUGUUGUUACAAUCUUAGCUUUUUAAAACUAUUUCCCAUGACUAAUAUAUCUUUGACACCAGAAACUUUUUUGAGCAAAGUAGAAGGAAGAAGGGAGUGUUUCAAGCUUGUCUCCGGGAUAAGGUCUGCUACACAUAUGGCAUCUCAGGGUGAAGCAGAUCUAAUUCCGGUCGGAUGGACUUUAGAAACCUACGUGAAGAAAGAUGGUUCCAAGAUUUUGUUCUAUUACUGUUCUGCUACAGGGCAGCACUUCGCUACCUAUUUCGAACUAAUGCGCUAUGUGAAUUUCGCUCAAACUCAUGGCGUUGGCAUCUACAAUCUAGCUGAUAAAUCAGUUAGAAGGAUUGAGAGUCAAGUCAGAGAAAGAAACGUUGCCGGAUUCGAGCAGAAGGCUGCUCUGUCACUACCAAGGAAACCUUCAUCGAAUCUGAAUUCGUUAGACUAUUGAUCAGAGAUUGGAUUCUGAGUUGGAGAUAGCUAAUCACCUUGCUUGAGUUGGAAAUUGAUGUCGCGGCGAAUUAGAAUCUAGUAGAUGAAUUUCUUACCCACAAUCUUGAAUUGUCUAUUACCAAGACAAUUAUUUUGAAUUGAUUAAGAAAAAUGUUCCCCAUGUUUUGUGACUUAGACUUUAAACUAGCAUGAAUUUCGUUUUGUUGGAUGAUGACAUUCUAUGAAAAUAGGAUCUUAUUAUAUUAUGAAAAAAAUGGGAAA